CUCAUCACAUAUGGAAUUAAUCCGGGACCUUUUCAAAUCCGGGGACUUUAUAACGCGCGUUUGUCAGCAACUAAAUACGUAGGCUCCGCCCACGCGUUGAUGUGGAUUCGCUUUUUUCGUCGUUUGCUCUCGACGAUGCCCGAGUUGCGCGACGGAAAGCUGUCGACGGCCGAAUUCGACGCCAUUCUGACACCCGAACUGCGUCGAUUGGCGGACGUGUUGUGCAAACGCGGAGGUCACCAAAUCCGUCUCGUCGGCGGCGCCGUCCGCGACCUCCUGCUCGGUCGGACGCCGAAGGACAUCGAUCUGGCGACGGACGCGACGCCCAACGAGAUGAUAACCCUCUUUCAAGCUCAAGGAAUUCGCUAUAUCGAAACCGGUCUGCAGCACGGCACUCUGACUGUGCACAUGAAUGGCGGCAGGGACUACGAGAUCACUACACUGCGCGUCGACCGCGUCACCGACGGCAGGCAUGCGCAGGUCGACUUCACCAGAGACUGGCGCGUGGAUGCCGAGCGAAGAGACCUCACAAUCAACGCGAUGGCGCUCGGUAUGGACGGUACACUCUAUGACUACUUCGACGGACGUGGAGAUCUAGAAAGAAGACGUGUGGCGUUUGUUGGCGACGCUAGAGCGCGGAUUAGCGAGGACUACCUACGUAUACUUCGAUAUUUUCGAUUCUAUGGUCGAAUAGCAGAGAGCGACGAUCGACACGAUCCCGACACUCUGGCUGCUAUCGAAGAGUCACGUGAUGGGCUUAGAAAAAUAGCCGCUGAGAGGAUUUGGGUCGAAAUGGCUCAGAUUUUGUGUGGGAACUUUGCUCCGAGUUUGCUUGCAUUGAUGUACAGACUCGGAGUAGCUGACUGUAUCGGAAUGCCUCCCAAAGGAAAUCUAGAGGAAUUUGGGAUUAUCUGGAAACGAAUGAGAGCCUUCCGGUCUAAGCCCAUGUCACUACUUGUUAGCCUGGUUGUAAACCUAGACGACGUAUAUCAACUGGUUCAUCACUGGAAAUUGUCUAAUCUCGAAAGGAGACUCGGUACUUUCAUUGUGUCUCACCGAGAACCAAAUCCAGAUGGAGAUUUGUUGAAACCCUAUCAGGACUUACUGAUGAGAUCUCAACCAGAAAGAAGAAUAGAAACCAGAGAGAAUGUUGUUGAACUGCUUCGUUACCUUGGGAGGCCAGAAAUGGCGAAGGAAAUGGAGACUUGGCGGGAACCGGGAUUUCCUGUCAAUGGUGGUGACUUGAAGUCACUAGGAAUCAAACCGGGACCGAUUUAUAAAACGAUUCUUGAAGAGCUGAGAGAACACUGGAUCGAGUUAGACUUUAAACCUUCCAAGGAGGAAAUAUUACAAGUGUGUAGGGAUCGAUUUAGUGUUUCACUCUGACUAGUUUCAGUGUUUCUGUUUCUAAGAAGUUUGAAUAUGUACAUAGCGUUUGAUUAGAUGUAUCUCACUGAACUUACAGUAUCACAUCACAUCUAUUUUCAAGUUCACAUGACUCAU